AUGUAUACACCACAAACGACCUUAAAGUUAGCAAGUAGUCUAUCGGAACAAAACGUUUACUACACUUAUGUUUGCUUGGUAAAUGAUGUAACCCCAAACAGUACAUCCAAUCAACAGCCAGGAUCUUACUUGGACGAUGGCAACGAGGAGAUCCAACUUGAAAAAGCACCUAUCCAAAUAGAAAGAUCUAAAGCAGUGCAUGAGUUAGUCGAAACAAAGAACGAUAAACAUAUCAAAGAAAAUGAAUCUGAACAAAAUUGCCUGAAAGCCCCAACUACAGUCUCCUACGAUGAAAAUGAAAGACCCGAAACAGAAGAUGUUAAAGAAUUAAAUGACAAUCCUAACAUUCUUAAAUUGACGAAAAUGAAAUGGCUAACUGAAGAGCAUAGCAAAUCUCCAGAUUCAAGUUCUCCAUCAAUUUCUCCAAACGUGUCGUCCACGAGCACAUGCAGUAAAGAAUCGGAAGACCAACUCGAUCAGUGCAUUAGCGUCGGCGACAAAUACCUUUCUACCAUCCUGCGCCUUGACAGAGAGCAUAACUUGUUCGGCUUGUCUAACAUAGCCAUCGUUGGAUCGCAACCAAUCAGAAAGAGUCGCAAAGAUGACUUUAAACCUGUGUUCCCUCAAACUGCGAUAGUGCAAAUUUGCUGCAGUAAAGGAUGCUGUAGAAACAGAAGCAAAACCGAAUUGCCGUCAUCUCUUAAGGGUGUAGCUCCACCGUGUCCAAACGUGCCGUUCGCGGCCAGAUCUUGUCACCACAUUCCCCACUGCAUGCCUCCAUCCGCUGGCUUUCCAUAUCUGAUGCCGUGCUUCUGGCCAGCUCGUCCUAGCGCACCGUGCAGUAACCCAGCACGCUGUUUCCACAAUCCACCAUGCCUUGCUCCGAGAAAACGAAGACCACCGAAGAUGCUAAAUGAAAUCUGCGCUCCUAAUCAGAACAAAAGAUUCAACUUGGUUUUUGUCGACAGUAACAAGAAGACUAAAAAACGUAUUUUUGAAUACUUCCCUUAUCUCACCACGCCUACCGUCGCGCAAAAUUUAAUAGAUGGAUUGAAAUAA